CCUCGGGGCUCCUGGACACCCACUGGGCUGACCCGCGCCUGGCAGAUUUGACCUCCAGGGGAUGAAGUUUGUUUUUGAGGUUAUUCGUCGUGCUCUCAGGAACACAGAGAGAACAUCCAAGAAGGAAGAUUUAAGUGACAGUGGCAGCACAGGGACCUUGAUGUUUUUUGAGAGUCUCACCUUGUGUGCGAGCUGUGUCCCUUCUAGACUUCAAACCACUCAGCCCACAGGUUGAAUCCAUGGCAACAGGGAAUCCAGCUGCAUUCCAAGCAUCAUCGUGAAGUAAAGAACCCUGGUGAAGGACAUGGCAACUCCAGAGAAGGCAACGACCCCCUUAGGUGCCAUGGGGGUGUUGGAGCCACGUCAGCUAAAGCCUGAUAGCGCAGAGACGGAAAGAAUCCUGACUGUCUUGGAUGAGACCAUUACCAAGCUGGAGAUGACCAGGUUGAUCCCACGGAUCACUGGCUCCCUGGAGAGGUUUGCUAGGAUGCUGGGACCUGAGAUCACAGCCAGCCUGUUGGAGCACCAAAAGCUUUCAAACGAAAUGCAGCACCUGCUCGCCAGCCCUGGAGCACAGGAGACCAUGAGAGCCAGGGAGCAACGCCUGAAAUGUUCUCUUAGACACAUCCUGAGGCUCCUUCUGGCCAACCCUUUGCUUUGUCAGGGACUGAAAUAUCAAGUCCAGGUGAGAGCAUCACCAGCUGAUGCGUUUAUCAAAGCCUUUGCGGAGUUCAGGGAUUUCAUGCUGGAGAAGCUCCUGACCAGUCCUGCCGAGGAGCGAGAAAAGAUUCAGUACGUGGAAGAAAUGUCCCUCAAGGCUGAGCAAAACACUGAAGUGAUCACAGCUCUACAGGCAGAGCUGGCAGCAGCAAUCCAGACUCGAAAGGAGGAGAUGGACAGGAAGGACAAAAUGAUUGAAGACCUCAAAACCACCAUGGAAAAUCUGGCCAAGGACCGCAAGGCUGAGAUCCAGCAGAUGAAGAAGGAAGGGGCAAAACAGCGGGAAGAGGAGAUGAAAGCUGCCCAGGGCAGGUGUGCCAGGCUGCAGGAGGACGUGCAGCGCCUGCGAGUGCAGUUCAGUGCCCUGGUAGAGGAGCAUCGAGCCUCGGAGCUACUUCUCAGGAAGAGGAAGUGCAGAACAGAGGAGGAAAUUGAGAACUGGAUCCAGAAAUACGACACAGACAUGGCAGCAAAACAGGCCACGUUCGAGGCGAUUCACGCUGUCUACACCGAGGAGAAGGCCCAGCUGGCCCAGCUGAUGGAGAAACACGCUCUGCUGCUCCAGGAGUAUUCCCAGAUUGAGGAGGAGCGCAAGAUGCUUAAGCAGAAGGAGGAGGAGGAAUUGCAGGAGCAGGCCAGGAGGAACCGUGCUGCCACCCGCAUCCAGGCUGCCUGGAGAGGCUACGUGGUGCGGUCCUUCUUCAAGGCAAAGCUGAAGAAGGCCAGGGCCAAGGCCAAGGGCAAGGGAGGCAAAAAAUAAAGCCCCAAAUCCCUUCUUUGCCCCAGCAAAGCUGCUGGGUCUGAGCUCUUCCAGAUAAAAACAUUAAACUGUUAAGUUUGGAAAAGACCUUUAA